AGUUGAUAAUUGACUUGCGAGUCGGGCAGUCGUUCUUCCGAUCCAAUCUUAUACCAACAUGUUGGCACAUUUGAGAAAUCUUUCUCGGCUGGCGCUGCCCCGCCGUCUGGUCACCCAAUCCGCCAGCUAUUCAUCGACCUCGUCGUUCCUGAUUGACCAGCCGGAAUACAGUUUCCUGAAGGAAUUGGGCCUCGAGCGGGAUAACCCAGGUGUUUACUCUGGUCACUGGCAGGGUCGAGGCCCAUCCAUCACCAGCUACGACCCCGGUAGCGGAAAACCAAUUGCCACAGUGCGACAGGGAAACGUCCAGGAACUGGAGCAGACCAUCGGACUGGCUGUGGAGGCCUACAAGCAGUGGCGACAGGUUCCCGCUCCCGUGCGCGGAGAGAUUGUCCGCCAAAUUGGAGAUGAGCUGCGAAAGUUCAAGGAACCGCUGGGAAAGCUCGUCUCCCUGGAGGUGGGAAAGAUCUACAGCGAGGGUCAGGGAGAGGUUCAGGAGUUCAUCGACAUCUGCGACUAUGCGGUCGGACUCUCCAGGAUUUACUCCGGACAGCUGAUCAACUCUGAGCGAGCCGAUCAUUCGAUCCUGGAGGCCUGGCGUCCUCUGGGAGUGGUGGGCGUUAUUUCGGCCUACAAUUUCCCAAACGCUGUCUUCGGGUGGAACGCGGCCAUUGCCCUGACCACCGGUAACAGUGUGCUGUGGAAAGGAGCUCCCAGCACGCCGUUGGUUUCGGUGGCCACCACCAAGAUCGUAGCGGAUGUGCUGCGCAGGAACAACCUUCCUCCGGUAGUCACCCUCUGCCAGGGCGGAACCGAUGUGGGUCAGUCUUUGGUGGCCGAUAAGCGGGUGAAUCUCGUUUCCUUCACCGGCAGCUGUCAAACUGGUCGAGAUGUGGGCGUGGAAGUCCAGCGCAGGUUCGGAAAGGUCAUCCUCGAGUUGGGUGGUAACAACGCCCUCAUUAUCGAUGAAUCCGCCAAUGUUAAAAUGGCCCUCGACGCAGCUCUCUUUGGAUGCAUCGGCACCAGUGGCCAACGGUGCACCACCACCAGGAGGAUUAUCGUGCACGAAAAGCUGCAUGAUCAGUUUGUGAAGGAGCUGGUUGGCAAAUACAAGCAGCUUAUUCCCAGGAUUGGUCACCAGUUGGAGGCGCAAACUCUCGUCGGUCCGGUGCACACCCAACAAAACGUGGAGAACUACAAGGUGGCCAUCGAGGAGGCCAAGUCCUUGGGAGGAACGGUGGCCUUCGGCGGCCAGGUUAUCCAGCGCGAUGGUUUUUACGUAGAACCCACUGUGAUCACCGGAUUGCCCCACGAUGCCAGCGUCGUCCAUCGGGAAACCUUUGCUCCGAUCGUGUACAUCCUGAAGGCCAAAAACGUGGACCAAGCGAUCGAAUGGAACAACGAAGUAGAGCAGGGCCUUUCCUCGGCCAUUUUCACCGAGAACAUUGGACAGGCCUUCAAGUGGAUCGGAGCGAAGGGUUCCGAUUGUGGCAUCGUAAACAUUAAUACCACCACCAAUGGCGCUGAGAUCGGAGGGGCCUUCGGCGGAGAAAAGGCCACCGGCGGUGGUCGCGAAUCUGGAUCGGAUGCCUGGAAGCAGUAUUGCAAACGAGCCACAAUAACAGUCAAUCACUCCGGCGAAUUGGCCUGCGCCCAGGGCGUUGUCUUCAAUGUGGAGUAGAAAAGAGAUAUGGUCAAUUUUAAUGUUUUCCUAUUUGAUACAAUUUAAUAUACGUAAUGUCCAAAACUAAA